CUCUCUCUCUCUCUCUCUCUCUCGCUCUCCCUCCUUUUUCUCACAGGAGCAGUUUUCCCUCUUCCCACCUCCCUUUUCGGCUUUUCCCAACUCCGCAAGUUGGGAGGCGCGCAAACCGCUUGCACCUGCUCCUUUUCCCCCUCUUUCUCCGCCCAACUUUCCUAAUAGGGUCGCCGCCUUCUCCGAACAUGAGGGGUUACAAACACACAGCGGCGAAGCCAGCAGCCCAGUCGGGGCUUCUGGGCUGAGGCGUGGGUAAGCGGACGGAGGCGAAGGCGGGGGGUGUCUCUUUCUCGUCCCCCCCUCCCCGGUGAAAAGAGCGCCAAACCCUGCCCGCCAACCUGUCUCCCCAGAAGCUGAAUGUCAUAUAUGCUGAACAUGCCCCGUAGUCCAACAUCAAGUGAAGAUGAGAUGGCUCAGAGCUUUUCAGAUUAUUCAGUGGAAUCAGAAUCAGACAGCUCCAAAGAAGAAACCAUUUAUGACACCAUCAAGGCGACAGCAGAAAAGCCGAGUAGUAAAAUGGAAGAUGCCCAGAAUAACACAUUAGUGAUACGGAUUAUAAUACCAGAUCUACAGCAAACUAAGUGUAUUCAAUUUAAUCCUGAGGCUUCAGUAUGGGUUGCAAAACAACGAAUUCUUUGUACAUUGAAUCAAAGUUUGAAAGAUGUUCUCAAUUAUGGCCUAUUCCAACCAGCAAACAAUGGGAGAGAUGGGAAAUUUUUGGAUGAAGAACGUCUUCUUAUGGAAUACCCACAAAAUAUCAACAAGGGUGUUCCAUCCUUAGAGUUUUGCUACAAGAAAAGAGUCUAUAGACAAUUAAAUCUUGAUGAAAAACAAGUAGCCAAAUUCCACACUAAGGCUAAUUUUCGAAAAUUUAUGGACCUUGUUCAUCACCGUUCAAUUGAAAAACUAAUAAAGAUGCUAGACCGAGGACUUGAUCCUAACUAUCAUGACUUAGAAAGUGGAGAAACCCCACUAACUCUGGCAGCUCAAUUUAGCAAUACUGCAGAAGUAAUCAAAGCACUGAAAAAUGGAGGAGCUCAUUUAGAUUUUAGAGCCAAAGAUGGAAUGACAGCAUUACAUAAAGCAGCUAGAGCCAAGAAUCAACUGACCCUGAAGACUCUUUUAGAUCUUGGAGCAUCUCCAAACUACAAAGAUAGCUGUGGGUUGACACCACUGUAUCACACUGCUGUAGUAGGAGGAGACCCAUCUUGCUGUGAGUUGCUACUACAUGAACAUGCUACGGUUGGUUGUAGAGACGAAAAUGGAUGGCAGGAAAUCCACCAGGCUUGUCGUUAUGGGCAUGUCCAGCAUUUAGAACAUUUUCUAUUUUAUGGAGCAGAUAUGGGAGCUCAGAAUGCAUCUGGAAACACAGCAUUGCAUAUCUGUGCACUUUACAAUCAGGACAGCUGUGCAAGAGUAUUGUUGUUACGAGGUGCAAACAAGGAAUUAAAGAAUUAUAAUAAUCAGUCACCAUUUCAGGUGGCAAUAAUUGCUGGAAAUUUUGAGCUUGCUGAAUAUAUCAAGAACCAUAAGGAAACUGAUAUUGUGCCAUUCAGAGAGGCUCCCACUUACUCAAACAGACGACGGAAACCGCACAGCACUUUGGCCACACCUCGCCUCUUGCUUCGGUCUAAUAGCGAUAACAAUUUGAACGUCAAUCUUCCUGACUGGUCAGCCUCCCCUUUACCCUCUUCACACCGUAGCCUUUCACCUCACCUAUUCCAACAGAUGCAGAAUAAUCCUAAUGGAACUGUGAAAACUGUGGGAAGUUACACUUCAUCUUCUCGGAGCCGCUCUCCAUCAUUAAAUAGGCUAGGAGAGGAUGCAAAGCGCCAGCAGCAACGGCACAUCAGUGCCAAUUAUAAUCCCAGUGCCAACAAGGACAUUAUAUCUGCUUUCGAUUAUCAGGGUCAAAAACGCAAACUGUAUAGUGCUGUACCUGGAAGACUAUUUAUUGUUGUGAAGCCAUAUCAACCUCAAGGAGAAGGGGAAAUUCAUUUGCACAAAGGCGACAGGGUAAAAGUUUUGAACAUCGGCGAGGGUGGAUUCUGGGAAGGCAGUACUCGUGGACAUGUUGGAUGGUUUCCUGCAGAAUGCGUUGAGGAAGUGCAAUAUAAGCCAAAUGAAAGUAAACCAGAAACUCGAGCAGAUAGAACAAAGAAAUUGUUUAGACAUUAUACUGUUGGAUCAUAUGACAGCUUUGAUGCUUCAAGUGACUGCAUUAUAGAAGAAAAGGCAGUGGUCCUGCAGAAAAAAGACAAUGAAGGAUUUGGGUUUGUGCUCAGAGGGGCCAAAGCUGAUACACCAAUUGAAGAAUUCACACCAACGCCAGCCUUCCCUGCUUUACAGUACCUGGAAUCAGUUGAUGAAGGAGGGGUAGCAUGGCAAGCUGGCUUGAGAACAGGAGACUUUUUGAUAGAGGUUAAUAAUGAAAAUGUAGUCAAGGUUGGCCACAGGCAGGUGGUGAAUAUGAUCCGACAAGGAGGCAAUCACUUAGUUCUUAAAGUUGUCACUGUAACCAGAAAUCUAGAUCCAGACGACACAGCCAGAAAGAAAGCCCCACCACCUCCAAAACGGGCUCCAACCACUGCACUGACCUUGCGGUCUAAGUCAAUGACCUCAGAGCUUGAAGAGCUUGCUUCAGUACGGAAGAAGAAGGAUAAAACUGAUGAAAUAGUGCCAGUUUCCAAGCCAUCAAGAAUUCCAGAAAAUGCAGUUGUGGACGCCAGAGUGGCAACAAUUAAACAACGACCUUCUAGUAGAUGUUUUCCCUCAGCUACCGAUAUGAAUUCCAUGUAUGAAAGACAAGGGAUUGCUGUGAUGCCACCAACAGUACCCGGAAGUCCGCAAGGCCCAUUUCUGGGUGUGCCACGAGGUACAGUAAGAAGACAAAAAUCAAUAGGGGUAACAGAAGAAGAGCGGCAAUUUUUGGCUCCUCCCAUGCUCAAAUUUACUAGAAGUCUAUCAAUGCCAGAUACUUCAGAAGAUAUUCCCCCUCCACCACAGUCUUUACCUCCAUCACCACCACCUCCUUCUCCUUCUCUUUACAACUCUCCCAAAUCUCCAGUAUCUAGAAUGUAUGGCACAAUUAAGCCUGCUUUUAAUCAGAAUCCAGGUUCAAAGAUAGCUGUUUCAGGUAGGUCUGAAAACAUGGGGACUGUGAUCAGAGACAAAGGCAUAUAUUACCGGAGAGAAAUGGACCGUUAUUCUCUAGAUUCUGAGGACUUAUACAGCAGAAAUGCCGCAACUCAGGCCAACUUCAGAAACAAGAGAGGUCAUAUGCCAGAGAAUCCUUACUCUGAAGUUGGAAAAAUAGCCAGCAAAGUGAUGUAUGUUCCAGCCAAACCAGCCCGACGGAAGGGAAUGCUAGUGAAACAGUCUAAUGUUGAGGACAGUCCAGAAAAAACUUGCUCCAUUCCUAUUCCAACCAUCAUUGUGAAAGAGCCAUCUACCAGCAGUAGUGGGAAAAGCAGUCAAGGAAGCAGCAUGGAAAUCGACCCCCAGUCUUCAGAGCAACCGGGACAGCUGCGACCCGAAGACAACUUGACGGUCAGCCCCUUUGCAGCUGCCAUUGCUGGAGCAGUGAGGGAUAGGGAGAAAAGAUUAGAAGCCAGGCGCAAUUCUCCAGCUUUCCUUUCCACAGAUUUGGGAGACGAGGAUGUUGGAUUAACCCCUCCAACUCCACGUAUGAGACAGUCUAAGUUCAGCGAUGAGGGGCUCUUUGAUAACGAAGAGGGCUUCAGGCAGCUUGUAUCGCCAUCUCCUAUCCCAGCACCUAGAGAGACUGAAAAUAUUUUCAAUGGCAGUGAAUCAAAUAACCAAAACGACCCAAGGGCACCAAACUCUUCAGUCCAAACCACAGCGAGUUCUGAAAACAGUGCAUUGACAACCCCAAAUACUGGUUUAGAUAAUUAUGUUCAUCCCCUGACAGGGAAAAUACUGGACCCCAAUUCCCCUUUAGCCCUUGCCCUCUCUGCCAGGGACAGAGCCAUGAAAGAGCAAAGCCAGCCAAUUCCAGGGAAAGGAGACUCCAGCAAAGCAGAUCUUAACAAACCCCUUUACAUCGAUACAAAGAUGAAGCCCAGCGCUGAAGCUCCAUUCCCAGCAACAGCUACCAUUGCUAGGCAAAAUACCCGUGGCCCACUAAGACGCCAGGAGACGGAGAAUAAAUAUGAGACAGAUGCAUCAAAAGAAAGGAGGUCUGAAGAGAAAAAGAACAUGCUAAUAAAUAUUGUGGAUACCUCGCAACAAAAGUCAGCCGGUCUCCUCAUGGUUCAUACGGUGGACACAGCACAAGCCAGCGAUAACCCUGAAAAAGAAGAGAAAAGCGCUGAGAUGGAGGUGAAUGUUGAAAAGCCUCCGUCGGAGAUGCAGGAAGAGACAGAAGCAGAAGAAAGUGGAUUGGAUGACCCUGGCCUGCUUCCGCCACCGUCCCCGUCCUGCAAAACAAUUGUAGCUGUUAGCUCCAUCGAUGAUCCGAUCAUUUUGCCAUUUCGUAUUCCUCCUCCCCCUUUAGCUUCGGUUGAUCUUGAUGAAGACUUUAUCUUUACUGAGCCAUUACCCCCUCCUUUAGAGUUUGCUAACAGUUUUGAUAUUCCUGAUGACAACUCAGUCCCAGCCUCUGUCUCGACCCUAACAGACUUGAUCAAACAGAGAAAAAACGGAACUCCGCCUGCUUCAUUUAACCCUAUCCAGCCCUCAGAUUCAUUAGAUGGUAAGAAAUCAGGGGGUCUUUCAAACUGUUUGCCUCCCUCAUUUUUGCCACCCCCUGAAAACUUUGAUAAUGUCCCUGACUCUGGGAUUGAAGAGGUGGACAGUCGAAGUAGUAGUGACCAUCAACUAGAGACAACCAGCACUAUCUCAACUGUGUCCAGCAUCUCCACCUUGUCCUCUGAAGGUGGUGAGAACUUGGAUACUUGUACAGUCUAUGCAGAUGGGCAAACAUUUCUGGUGGACAAACCCCCAGUACCUCCUAAGCCAAAAAUGAAGCCCAUAAUCCACAAAAGCAAUGCACUUUAUAAAGACACGCUCAUUGAAGAAACUGUGGAUAGUUUUGUUAUUCCUCCUCCAGCCCCGCCUCCUCCUCCAAUCAGCGCACAGCCCAGUAUGGCUACAGUUGUACAGCAAAGGACCUCUAAGCUCUGGGGCGAUGUCACAGAAAUUAAAAGCCCAGCUCUCUCAGGCCCAAAGGCAAAUGUUAUUAGUGAACUGAACUCAAUACUGCAGCAGAUGAACAGAGAAAAAUCCUCAAAGCCAGGAGAAGGAUUGGAGUCCCCUCCAGGGACAAAAGUUGCCAGUCUCAGUACAAGGAGCACAGAGGUCAUGAGCACAGUCUCAGGUACUCGGAGUUCAACCAUCACUUUUACCGUUCGGCCUGGAACUAGCCAGCCUAUCACACUUCAGAGCAGAGUCCCAGACUAUGAUAGUAGGACAUCAGGAGCCAGACAUGCUCCAAGCCCAGUGGUUUCACCAACAGAGAUAAGUAAAGACAUCCUGCCUGCUCCUCUGACUGCUGCUGUUCCAGCUGCAUCUCCUUCUCCGACUCCUUCUGAUGUUUAUAGCCUACCCAGCCAGCCUCCUUCCGGAGACCUCUUUGCUUUGAAUACAGGGCGCAGCAGAUCUCCUUCUCCCUCAAUAUUGCAACAGCCAAUCUCAAAUAAGCCUUUUACAACUAAACCUGUCCACCUGUGGACUAAACCAGAUGUGGCAGAUUGGUUGGAAAGUUUAAACUUAGGUGAACAUAAAGAGACCUUUAUGGAUAAUGAAAUAGAUGGCACUCACUUACCAAACCUUCAGAAGGAAGACUUGAUAGACCUUGGAGUGACUAGGGUUGGUCACAGAAUGAACAUAGAAAGAGCCUUGAAACAACUAUUGGACAGAUAAGAAUGGUUGGUCUUGCCUCACAAACCUUUGUUAUAAAUAGAGAUAGGCUGGUAUCAAAACACCCCAAAUGCCUUGGCUCCCCAAGAGUAGCACCAAAUUAAAAAGCAUCCAUUAGAUUGCAAACUUAUGUCCAAAAUCAAUUCCAUGUCAAUCCACAUUAAUGGGACCAAAUAUUUUAAAGAAUGGAUGGGGCAAAUAAGAGAGAAGAAUGGAAAUAAUUGUGAACUUUAAAAAAAACCAAAUUUGUAAGCUCCGACCAUAUUGAUAUUAUCUCAGAAGUUUAUACUUUAAUUGCUGGUACACACACAACUAAUCACUCCUUUUUCAAUCUAUGGAUUGGUUUUUCUGUUAGAAAUGCCCUUCUGCUUGAAAAAUAAUGUGUCACCUCUUUUUGAUUAAAACCCACAAGUAUUUCUCCAUGUACUAGAACAUGUCGUGUCCAGCUCUUUUUGCAAUCAGCUUUCAUAUGACUAAUAUUUCAUAUGAUUGUUGGACUCAGUCCCAUUGUUGUGGUCAGACAAUUUCUCCUUUCAGUUUUUCUAAACUGAUUCUUGGUUAGUUCUGCCACUUAAUUUUUCUGCUAACAUUCACUUUUUUCAUGAUGUAUUUAAUGAUUUUUGAAAAACUUCUAUACAUUCACAGCAUUGCCAGAAUUUAAAAAAAAAAUGUCAGAUGUUUUUGGCUAAUUAUUAUGUUGAUUUCUUUGGAAGUGAAAUUAGUUUUUGUCAUCCAGUGUAAUUCUGUUAUUUGACUUUUAAGAUUUUAUUUUUCCAUUUAUGUUUAGUGCCUUUCCAAAUUGCCGGAUAGUUAUUAGGCAUGCUUUUUUUUUCAUUUAUAAUGCAGUAUAAUGUGUGAAAGCUAUGUAAGAGAUCUUAGCUGCCUAAAAUAAAAGUAAAAAUAUUUGUAAGAAAUUGGAAUUGAAGAUAUCUGUGCACAGAAAGAUGGUAGUUCAAUUAAGAUCUUUUCCACAUUUCUUUGUGAUGAACUGGGAUGAUGGGUAAGUAAUUCAGGGUUAUAUUUUCAAAAUAACAAUCAUUUAUCAAGCCUGUUUUAAUUUCUCUCAUAUGAGAUUGAGUUGUUUGGACAAUAUUGCACAAGACCUUUUCUUUGAGGUGGAAACAGGUAUCAGGAUUAGAUGUCUUCUCUUUUUACAAGCGCAUCAGCAAGUGUGGAUUUUGGGGGUGGGGGAGUGACGAUUUGCCUUCCCAAAAAGAGUUAAGUUUUAGUUUUUAAAGAACUGUGUUUUACAUAAAGGUUACUUUUGCUGGAUCAAAGUGAUCAUGUGUGAUAGUGGAUUUUAUUACCAUUGUGAUCCCCCUAGUAUGAUAGAAAGAAUAGUGAAUUUUCCUUCUGCAAUUUUGUAUGUGGUUGCACAAAUCAAUGCACAAGCUGCAGUCAACAGUAACAGCACAGAGGUGGUUUCUUCACCUUCAAGGUCUUUGGAUCUUUGACCUGCUUAUUUUUUCCUGCUUAAGAAAACCAGCUGUUGAUGAAUCUGCGUGGCACAAGCCUGUUUACUUAUGGAAAUGGAUGUAAAUCUUUCUGUUUUAUCGUAUUAGGAAGAUGUUGCCUGGCAUCUAUGAGAAAUAUGAAAUAAAAAUAUCAAUAACAGUACAUGUUACAGAAGUAGUUUUAUGAAAACAGUAGGUACCUAUUAUAUAUGCAAGGGACAAUUUUUCUAAAAAAUGGAGAUCAAGGGUUUCACCCUAAUAAUAAUGUUUUGCUUAAAAUUAAACUACAGGAUUGUUCUGUGCUUCCUUCCCAUACAAACUGCUGUGUUAUAGGAGAACCCACUUAAGCUUGCGAAUUAAAGAAAAGAGAAGGUUGAGACAAAAUCACAUUCAGAACUGUUUACGAAAAAAAUUGAGUGGAUUUUUAAAAGCAUGGUCUUUUGGCAGACAUGUAUAUUUUCAGAUUUGGUGGCUUCUAUGAAAUUUAGAAUACUCUCUUCCCACCAUAAAUAAUCCACAUUAACAAUGUUGUUGGUUCACAGUGUCAUGAAUAAUUUAGCCUGUACGUGUGAGGUUGCUUAAUAAUUUAAUUGGAAGGCAUCUCAGUUCAUUUUUUAAUAUGUCCCAGCCUAUCUCUAAUUAUAAUUUUAUUUUCUCAUAACUGAAUGUCUAAUUUGGGGCCCGCAACAGCCCUAGGAUUAGUACAUAAAGUUCAGCAAUUUCAAUACCUUUCUUUACUGCAAGUUUAAAUAGUUGUACAGAUAGUUUAUAAGCACAAUAUUUUAAGAAUAUAAGUGGCUGGUCUACUGGGCAGCCUUUGUGCCACUUCAGUGCUAGAAAUUAAAAAAAAAAAACUUUUGUGGUUUACUACUAUUUCUGUGGAAUAAGUAUUAAGUCUUGACCUUUUUAAAUCAAUAUCAUUUGGAUGCAUCUGAACCAGCAGAGCUGUGUUAUAUUUUCUAUCUUUGCUAAAACUUCUUCAGAUGAUGUGUCUCCUCAAACAUGGUAACAAUCAACAAUACUUAGGUAAUUAUUAAAAAGGAAAAAAAAAAAGUCACUCCCCCCUCUCCUCCUUCUGCUAUCAAAACUGGUCCUUUAAAUUAUUGUCACUUAGACCCUUUUCAGAUAUCUUUCAACAUUUGCAUACUCCAAAUGGAUUUGUAAUUAAAAUCAAGUUUAGUGCAAAAAUUUUGAAAUAUUGAUACAAUAUUGUAUCUAGAGGACAAUAUUCACAUAUUUGAUAGCAACACAAUUUUUCUUUUGAUAGGGGCAGGGGAAGGGUGUAAAAGUAAGAUGAUUUUGACAUCAUUGUCUUCCAUUUGGUGAUAAUGCAGAAAUCAGUAAAUAAACCAUAAUACCAUGCUCCUUUUUAUUUCUUUGAGUGCAUUUGGUGUUACCUCUAUAAUGUGCCAGAAAAUGCAUUAGGACAAGUGAUACAAGAGAAAAAAAAGGGGGGGAUUACUUUUAAGCUGCUGUUAAUCAUAAUAUUUUACUGUUUAGUAUAUAAUGUUUGUUAACAAAUUAUUGGUGAUGGUACCCCCUUUCUUAAAAGGGGUCUCUUGCCCAUGUAUCUUUUCAGGCACUUAAAUAGUGAGUACAAUAUAAUUAUUAGAGAAGAUUUUAAACAUCAAAGAGCUAAUGAAAUGAUUUAUUUUUUAAAUAAUGUUGUAUGAUCUAGAGUAAUAGGGCCUGCAAGGAAUUGCUUUAUAUCAAGAAAAAACACCUUUGGCAAGCUGAAAUAGUCUUUAGCAUUGUUUGAUGGCUUUAUAAUAGAAAGCAAUAGUAAAGGAUGCAGAAUUAUCUCCUAGCAUUUUGGUCAAUACUGAAAAUGUCAGGAGCAGAUUGGCUCUUUUAAUGUUAUGCUACUUUGAUGGUGCAAAAUACAGUGAUUAAAAAUAAUCUUGUUAUGAUAUUCCAGGUUUUAGGAACAACUUUUGUUUAUAUACUGUAAUUUAAUAAAUUGCAUUUACAUGCUUAGUUUCUGUAAUAUUUGUGUAUACAAUACCAAAAUCACACAAGAUGUAAAUUGUGUAUAACUACACAGACUCCUUUCCCUAGGUGUCUAGUUUUGAUUCAUAUAUUAUAAAAUGACUAUAUGUGACUGUUGAUUUACAGAAUUUACAUAUCACAGAAGCUAGCUCUUUGUGGUACCUAAGUUAAUAAAAGUGAUUUUUCUGAGUUCCUUUACAAAUAAGCAUUAUCCAGUUGAUCUGGCAAUGACUCUGUGUAUGAGCCUAAAAUAAUGAUAAUUUUCUCAUUACAUCUUUUUUUUUCUUUUUUUAGAGAGUAAUGUUUUUGCUAUGGUUUGUGAAACAACUAUGUUCACGUUAUCUAUGUUGCUGUAAUUUUUUGUGCUUUCAUUCCUCUAAUUUCCAAUUGAUUAAAACAAAUCAAGCUCCUGUAACUUGCACUUUCCCUAAUCCUUACUACUCUUGUAUGGCAACCAAAAUUACUGUAAGAAAUAAAUAUCAUAUUGCACUAAGGUUGUGAUUCUGAUUACAAAGAGCAAAUCCAGUCUGAAUUUUUUUAUUUCUAAAAAGAGUUGCCAAACUUUCCACUUAACAUUAAACUGUUUAAAGUUCUUUAUUUUUUAAAAGCUUAUCUGUGAUUUCCAUGGAAUUUAGAGUUAAAGACCUCUGAAAUUGGUCCGGAAUGAAUUCCUAUUCCAGAAUUAGAAAUGCAUUAUAAAGUACAUGAUAGAAAACAUUUAUAUAUCUUGGACUGAUUUGUUUUCUUGUUUUAUCAGAAAAAGUUUCAAUAGAAGGAUUCUGAACUUCUGAAAGGAUUAUCAUCAUUUCAAGUGAUCAUUAAUAUAGUGAACUGGUGAAACAUUGAUUGAAAGAAAAGGUUAAAGGAGGAAAAAAAGAUCUGGAUCCAGAAUUUUUAUUCCUUUAAAAUGUAUUUCAUUUAUAAGCCUAACCAAUAAUAAUGGAUACUACCAGUGUAUCACCAGCAGAGAUGGCUCCCUCUGAUAGUCAUCGUCUCUAGUUUGGGAAAGAAAGCAUUGCCUGAAAGCUAUUAAAAUUAACCAAUUUGAUCAGCUGCUUCUCUGCAUGCAAGCAUAAUAUAUUUCUACAAGACUGAAUGGAUCUAAUUCCUGCUCCCCUUCUUUGCAAUUAUCUUUUGACAGAUGGGCUUACUUAUCUGUGUGAAAAUGAUGUUCUUAUUAAGGCUGUACUUGCUGCUAGGAUUUUGUAAUGAAAAUAAGUUACACAUCUGGUUUGUAGGUAAUUUAGGUUCUGUUUAAAGCAAGCCUUCAAAUUUCUUUCCAACUGUAAGGGCAUAUUUAAUUUUUACAAUUAUCCAAUCUUUUCUCCAGUUCUAAAUGGUUUCUGUGCUAAAUGAUCCUGUCAGGAGAUCCUUUAGUUGUAUCUGUUUCCAUGAACAGAGGAGCUUUGAUUUAUUUUGAGUUUAACAUCCUUUCCAAGUAGUUUUUCAGUACAUUUGAAUAACUGAAAUAACAGACGAGAUCUGCAUAUCUUCUUUUGUGUUACUGUUUAAUUUGAUUCAGUUAUCCUUACCACUGAGAGAUAUUGUUAUCUUUAUAUAGCUAGAGAUAUACUUUCACUGAUUUUUUUUUUUUUUUUUACAAAUAUCCACAGCUUCCCUACUCCGAAACCAUCAGGGCUAUGUGCACUUCAAAUUUAAUAACUUUCCUGAAAUAAACCUGAUUUAAACAAA